GCUUCACUGACACAACUGUCUUCAUCCUUUCAUAUCCAUCAAAUAAAACUCGUGAAAUUAUUUGAUUAAUUUCGAAAACCACUUGAUUAUGGGUUUAAUUGCCCGUAAGGUGUGUGUGUUUAUCUUUGUAUUCGCCCUUGUGUCCGACUUUGCAUUCGGAAAUGUCGAGGUUAAUGACGACAAACAUUUUUUUCACAAGCCGCGUCCAUACUUCCAUAAACCUCGUCCUUACUUCCACAAGCAUGGCAUUUACAAGAAGGGUUUUAGAAAGGGUUUGGGCGGCGGUGGAGGUCUUGGAGGAGGUGGCGGUCUAGGCGGUGGUGGUGGUUUGGGCGGAGGCGGUGGUGGUUUGGGCGGAGGCGGCGGUCUAGGCCACGGUGGCGGUUUGGGUGGAGGAGGCGGUCUAGGACAUGGUGGUGGUUUGGGCGGAGGUGGAGGCCUAGGUGGCGGUGGCGGUCUAGGAGGCGGUGGAGGUCUAGGUGGCGGUGGUGGUGUGGGCGGAGGAGCUGGAGGAGGAUACGGUGGUGGUGCCGGUGGAGGACUUGGAGGCGGUGGAGGUGCUGGAGGAGGAGGAGGAUUUGGUGGCGGAGGAGGAUAUGGAGGCGGAGGAGGAUUCGGCGGUGGAGCUGGUGGUGGAUUUGGUAAAGGCAUUGGUGGUGGAGGAGGUUUGGGAGGCGGUUAUGGUGGCGGUGGCCAUCACUGAUGAGUGAUGAGGCUCAUGAUCAUACAUUCGUACGUUGUUAUUAUUUAAUUACGUGAAACAGUGAGAUUAAUUAUUGAGUAAUUAUUCAAUAAAAUGAUACAUUAGCAAUUGUGAUUUGUGAGUCGUAUUGUAUGCUAUUAUUAUGUUAUGCUUUGGUUGGUUUCAAGUUUGGUUAAUAAAAUAGUCGAUUUGUGCCUUCUGUCCA